CCCCCAGCAGUGGAGAUGCCCUAAAUCUAAUGGAUGUAAAAGUUGAAUAACAAAGUUUGUAUUCAGUUUCAUUUACUAGUUUCAUAAAACAAGCUGAAACUUCCAGACCCGCCUAACAAUGAAUAGUGCCGCAGUGAAGAGUGGACCCGGCCCGGAAACGGUAGCCCAUCUCCAGAGCACUUUUAGCCGGAACAUGAAAAGUGGCGGCGAGUUGGAUCUCGACGCUGACGCCCUAGAGCUGAUAAAGUUCGUUGAAACUCACGGACAGCUAGACAAGACCCCGGAACUGGUCAAGAGCAACGCCCCAGCAGCCGAGCAUCGCAGCGCCGGAAACCGUCUGUACCGGGAGAGGAAACUUAACCAGGCCUUGGUGCUGUACAACGAGAGCAUCUGCCAUGCGGAGGCGGGCUCGGACCAGCUGGCCAUGGGCUACGCGAAUCGAUCGGCCGUUUAUUUCGAGCAAGGCGAGUACGAGUUUGCCCUGUACAACAUCGAUUUGGCCAAGAGGAACAACUACCCUGAACAACUGAUGCCGAAACUGUUGGCCCGGGAACUCAAUUGUCAGCAGCAAAUUGCAGCAGGCCGCUCCAAGCCAACGGUGCCGCACCCACGGAUGAACAUCAACGUGGACAUCAACCCGGAGAUUCCCUUCUUGGCCAGUGGAAUCGGCAUGAACUAUGAGGCCAAGUUUGGCAGAGGAUUGAUCGCGCAAAAGGACUUCAACCCGGGCGACAUACUUUUGGACGAGAAGGUCGAACUGUGUGGAUUGGAGUGUGAUCUAAUCUAUCAAAGCUGCAGCCAAUGCAGCGGCGAGUUCGGAUACAGUUUGAUCCCAUGUCCCGGGUGUCCGCUAGCCAUGUUCUGCAGUAAGGAGUGCCAGGAAAUGAACUGGAAGCUGUACCACCGUUUUGAGUGUGGCGUGGCGUCGAAGCUUUGCUGCAUUUCAUUCACCUGGGGAAUGAUCAUUCCGAGAUUCUUCUUCUACGGGUUAACGCAAUUUGGCGAUGAUCUGCAAGCGAUGAUGGACUACUGCGAACAAGAACACGCCACUGCACCCAAUCCGUUGGAAAGAACUCUUAACCAGCUGGAAGUGUUCAAGUUUAUACACAACGCCAAGCCGCACUUCAAUCGCAAGUUCGACAGUUACUUAAAAGUGAUUGUCGUCUUCUAUUACGUAGUAUUUCUGAUGAAUCCUCUCGUACGAUCGGUAAUCUGCACAGAAAGCCACGAACGGUUCUUCCUGCGAUCACUUUUGGCGUAUUCUCGUCUGCUCGGCAGCCUGCUAGCGUCAACGGUUUUCUUCAAAGUUUACCCCCAGGGUUAUACGGCAGGUACGGUUUCGCUCAUCGGCAGCAUCUGCAAUCAUUCGUGUGACCCUGCGGUGAACACGGUCAUCCAUUCCGGCCGAGUCAAGAUGGUAGUUCUACGACCUAUCCGCAAAGGGGAGCAAAUAUUCACAACCUACGGAACAAGCUGGUGGGAGCCCGGUGAGGAUCGCCCCCUUGACUACAAGUGCCGCUGUGUCGUGUGCGAUCGCGGCCCGGCAGGCCGAAAGUGGCACUCGCUGAUGAUGCGGCCGUUUCCCCUGAAGGAACUGAAGAACGUCCAACGGAUGAGGUACGUUUUGGACAGCGAGGAGACCAACAAUGCAGCAAAGCUAAACGCUCUUCAGCAGCUGAUUAAACGGUACGCCCAUCUGCAUCCACAGAAGAAUCUGGGAGAUAUCUUGCGCGUUUACGACAGUCUUCUGAAUGAUGCUGUUUUUGCUGAGAAUGAAGCUUUGGCUCGUGCUAGAUUGCAUGCUGCAUGUGCUGCUCCUCUAUAAUUUACUCGUCCUGAAUUUGAUAAGUUUAAGCAAUUUAAUUGUUA